AUGCUGCCAUUAGGCAGCGGAGGGGUUGCUGGUCCAUCCGACACCACGGCGCAUGACGAGGAUGACUUCGAAACAUACCUACUCCUCUUGCUGUCGGACUCGAACCUACCCACUGGUGGAUUCGUAGCAUCGUCCGGACUCGAAUCAUUCCACGCCCACGGGCUGCUGCACAACGCCCGGCCGACGGCAGAUCUCGCCAAAUUUGGUCAAUUCUCUUCCUCCUCCUCCUCCUCCUCCACAAGGAAAGGCCCAACGACAGCCCCCUCGCAAGCACAACUCUCGUCGGCCACCCUCUCGUUUGCGCAGUCGACGCUGCACUCGUAUGCACGCUCCAGCUUUGGGUUUCUCGCGCGCGUGCAUGCUGUGGUCACCAAGUAUCUCGAAGACGGUGUCGCUUCCAGCGCGGGCCAGGUGUUCAAAGAGGAGCAAGCGGCCAGGCUCAGCGACUGUUUAGGUGCGAUCACGAGACUCGACUUCUCGUACCAUACGCUUCUGCUCAACCACGUAGCGAGGCGGGCGUCGAAAGCGCAAGGAAUCGCACUGCUCACACUCUACUCGAAGGCCUUUGCGAAACCGAUCAAUCUCGAUCGGGAGGCGUUUACCCCUUCCGCCUCGCAUGCUCGAGACUCCAACGGCGACCACACGGCCAACGGUGACGCCGCAGCAAAGACGCGUAUCGAGCUGGCAGCCACCCUCGUCGACAAGCUCAAAAUGGCCAUCCGUCGGUCGUCCACUCGUGCUUCCGUACCGGGGGGUGGCGAGGUGACGCACGGACACCUGCCCAUCUGCUGGGCCGUCUUCGCGGCCUGCCUGGGGAUCAGCUUGAAGAAAGCCGUGUUCCUGCACCUGUUCCUGCAAGCGCGCUCGCUGUUCUCCAGCUCGAUCCGGCUGAAUACGCUGGGGCCGUACUUGGCGCAUCAGAUCAUGCGGUUUCAGAUGCGCACCGUGGUUGAGCGCGUGAUUCACGAGAUGGAGGCCACGGGGUGUCUCGACAUCGACGAUGCUUUUGUGGCCGCAGCGGGCAAGUUGGAAGGCCAAGAGGAGCAAAUGCAGGUCGACUUGGAGGAGGUACAAGCAUACGAUAUUCCGCAGAGCGAUCCAGCACCCGAAAACACUGCCGUCUCAGCUGCGAGAGGAAAGUCGUUCCGCAACACAGCAACGAUGACCACCACCACUCCCACCUCGUCGCUCACAUCCCUGCGCCCGAAGGUCCAAGCCCUUCGCAUCGGCAAGGGUAAACUCAUCGCUGUCGACGACGACGAUCCCAAUCAAAGCUGGGCUUGGGACUGGCCGGAAGAGCAAGACAUUUGCGCUCCGCAAAGUGGAGUAGGGGACAGCGAUAAAGGGUUCUGGACGCAGCACUGGGCGCCGGCAACCACGUAUCCGCUGGGAGAGAUUAUUCAGGCUCGACACGACCAGUUGCAUUCGCGGCUGUUCAACAGUUGA